GCGGCAGCGGCGGCGGUGGCUGCGGCGGGUCCGGGCCCAUGAGGCGACGACGGAGGCGGGACGGUUUCUACCCAGCGCCGGACUUCCGAGACAGGGAAGCUGAGGACAUGGCAGGGGUGUUUGACAUAGACCUGGACCAGCCGGAGGACGCGGGCUCUGAGGAUGAGCUGGAGGAGGGGGGUCAGUUAAAUGAAAGCAUGGACCAUGGGGGAGUUGGACCAUAUGAACUUGGCAUGGAGCAUUGUGAGAAAUUUGAAAUCUCAGAAACUAGUGUGAACAGAGGGCCAGAAAAAAUCAGACCAGAAUGUUUUGAGCUACUUCGAGUACUUGGUAAAGGGGGCUAUGGAAAGGUUUUUCAAGUACGAAAAGUAACAGGAGCAAAUACCGGGAAAAUAUUUGCCAUGAAGGUGCUUAAAAAGGCAAUGAUAGUAAGAAAUGCUAAAGAUACAGCUCAUACAAAAGCAGAACGGAAUAUUCUGGAGGAAGUAAAGCAUCCUUUCAUUGUGGAUUUAAUUUAUGCCUUUCAGACCGGUGGAAAACUCUACCUCAUCCUUGAGUAUCUCAGCGGAGGAGAAUUAUUUAUGCAGUUAGAAAGAGAAGGAAUAUUUAUGGAAGACACAGCCUGCUUUUACUUGGCAGAAAUCUCCAUGGCUUUGGGGCAUUUACAUCAAAAGGGGAUCAUCUACAGAGACCUGAAGCCGGAGAAUAUCAUGCUUAAUCACCAAGGUCACGUCAAACUAACAGAUUUUGGACUAUGCAAAGAAUCUAUUCAUGACGGAACAGUCACACACACCUUUUGUGGAACAAUAGAAUACAUGGCCCCUGAGAUCUUGAUGAGAAGUGGCCACAAUCGUGCUGUGGAUUGGUGGAGUUUGGGAGCAUUAAUGUAUGACAUGCUGACUGGAGCACCCCCGUUCACUGGGGAGAAUAGAAAGAAAACAAUUGACAAAAUCCUCAAAUGUAAACUCAAUUUGCCUCCCUACCUCACGCAAGAAGCCAGAGAUCUGCUUAAAAAGCUGCUGAAAAGAAAUGCUGCUUCUCGUCUUGGAGCUGGUCCUGGGGAUGCUGGAGAAGUUCAAGCUCAUCCAUUCUUCAGACAUAUUAACUGGGAAGAACUGCUGGCUCGGAAGGUGGAGCCCCCCUUCAAACCUCUUUUGCAAUCAGAAGAGGAUGUGAGUCAGUUUGAUUCCAAGUUUACACGUCAGACACCUGUUGACAGCCCAGAUGACUCAGCUCUCAGUGAAAGUGCCAACCAGGUCUUUCUGGGUUUUACAUAUGUGGCUCCAUCUGUACUUGAAAGCGUGAAAGAAAAGUUUUCCUUUGAACCAAAAAUCCGAUCCCCUCGAAGAUUUAUUGGCAGCCCACGAACACCUGUCAGCCCAGUCAAAUUUUCUCCUGGGGAUUUCUGGGGAAGAGGUGCUUCAGCCAGCACGGCAAAUCCGCAGACGCCUGUGGAAUACCCCAUGGAGACAAGUGGGAUAGAGCAGAUGGACGUGACAAUGAGCGGGGAGGCUUCAGCACCGCUUCCAAUACGACAGCCAAACUCCGGACCGUACAAAAAGCAAGCUUUUCCCAUGAUCUCCAAACGACCAGAGCACCUGCGUAUGAAUCUAUGACAGAACAAUGCUUUUAAUGAAUUGAAGGCAAAAAAGGUGGGGAGGGGAUGUGUGAGCAUCCUGCAGGGUGAAACAAGAAGACUCAAAUGACAGUCUCGAAGAGUCAGUGUCAUGACAUAGAACACUUUGGACAGAGGAAAAUUAAACAUGGAUUUUAAAAAAUCAAUCAAUGGUGCAAAAAAACUUAAGUGAAAAUGGCGGAACUCUUAGGCACAUCAAUUAAUUGAUUCCUAGCAACAUCGUCUCAACCUAUCAAGGAUUUUCAUGUUGAUGGCUCGAAACUGACAGUAUUAAGGGUAGGAUGUUGCUUCUGAAUCACUGUUGAGUCCUGAUCAUGUCGAAGAAGGGUUAUCCUUCCAUUAGGCAAAGUAUGAAUUUGCCUAUAAUACUUGCAACUAAGGACAAAUUAGCAUGCAAGCUUGGUUAAACUUUCCAGCAACAUGGAAUCAAAGAUGAAAAAAAACUUAUCAAUUGAUGUUUUACGUGCAAACAACCUGAAUCUUUUUUUUAUAUAAAUAUAUAUUUUUCAAAUAGAUUUUUGAUUCAGCUCAUUAUGAGAAACAUCCCAAACUUUAAAAAUGCGAAAUUAUUGGUUGGUGUGAAGAAAGCCAGACAACUUCUGUUUCUUCUC